CUAUAUAUACAUAGAUUCUCCACUCAUUAGCUCUACAAUUCAAUUUCAAAGCCUCUUUCCGUCUCUCUCUUUCUUUUCUUUCUCAUUUCAUUCAGCAAUCAUGAAGACCUUUGCAGCCUGCUUUCUUAUCAUCUUCGUCUCCGGCAUCGGCAUGGUCGUGUCCGACCCCGAUAUGCUCCAAGACAUUUGUGUUGCUGAUCGCACCUCAGCGGUUAAGUUGAACGGGUUUGCCUGCAAAGCAGCUUCAAAUGUGACGGCAGAAGAUUUCUUCUUCACCGGUUUAUCUAAACCAGGUGUAGUCAACAACUCAGUUGGUUCACUAGUAACAGGUGCUAAUGUUGCUCAGAUAGCCGGUCUUAACACCCUCGGAGUCUCCAUGGGACGUAUCGAUUACGUAGCUGGUGGACUUAACCCACCACACACACAUCCACGAGCCACCGAGAUUGUAUUCGUCUUGGAAGGAUCACUUGAUGUUGGAUUCAUCACUACUGCUAAUGUUCUCAUCUCAAAGACAAUCAUGAAAGGUGAGGUGUUUGUGUUUCCUAAAGGUUUGGUUCAUUUCCAGAAGAACAAUGGUGAGAAACCUGCUUCUGUGAUUGCGGCUUUCAAUAGCCAGCUUCCUGGUACUCAAUCACUUGCUAUGACUCUUUUCGGCGCAACCCCACCUGUCCCUGAUAAUGUGUUGACUAAGGCAUUCCAAAUUGGUACCAAAGAAGUUCAGAAGAUCAAGACCAAAUUCGCACCCAAGAAGUAAUCAUUAAGCAGCUACAAUUGAAUUCAUCAUAUUACUUGAAGUGUUUUACAAUUGGGUUUGUUUUGUAUUCCUCCUUUACAAUUUGAUUGACACUGUUGGAAGUGCAGUAUGUAUCUGCAAUUGCAUCGACUAUAUUUUUUUGUUUUAGGUUGGAUUUUUAUAUUCAAUUUAUAGACAAUAAAUUGGUGUUUUACUGAACUCGAUAAUUGAUUGGAAUAUCCGAAUA